AAGGGAGAACGGGGAAACCGAAUGAUAAGAACGGCGUGUUCGUGUUUAUUUCAAAUUUUUUUCAAAAUUUUUCAAAACAUUUUACAUUGCUGUCUAUAUUUUACAUUAAUAAUUAUCAAGUGCAAGUGACGAAUACUGCUGUGAAGUUUUUAUAAACUGAAGAGAACCUUAAAGAAUUAUACAACAUGUUUAUUUUGGUGGAGUUCGAUGAUGUGGUGAAAAUCAAACCAUCGUUGUUCUCAGAAUCCCUGGAAUCUUCAAUAUCAGAUGCUUUGAAUAAAAAGUUAUCCAACAAAGUUGUUCCUAAUGUUGGUCUAUGUAUCGCGUUAUUCGACUUUUUAGAAAUCAACGAAUCUUUCAUAUUUCCCGGCGAGGGUGCCCACCAUUCAAAAAUCAAGUACAGAUUCGUAGUAUUCAGACCUUUCAUGAGUGAGAUAAUAAUUGGAAAAAUAAAAAGCUGUACUCAGCAAGGCAUUCAAGUUACAUUGGGAUUUUUUGAUGAUAUACAAAUCCCAGCAUCGUGUUUGCAGCAUCCCUCGAAAUUCGAUGAAGAAGAGCAAGCCUGGAUAUGGGAAUAUGAAAAUUUAGGUCAAAAACAUAACUUGUAUAUGGAUGUGGGUGAAAAAAUUAAAUUUCGUAUCAUGAACGAGUUAUUCAUGGAAACGUCUCCUGAAGUGAAAACUAACGAAGUUAAAUCCGUGCCGGAAAACAAAACGCCGUAUUUAUUAAUCGGUAGCAUAAACGAACCCGGUUUAGGAGUGUUAUCUUGGUGGGAUGGUAUGUGAAAAUUCGCUGCUGGAAAUAUUGAAUACGCAAAUGGCUGUGUUUUUUUACAAGUCCAACGUUUCGAACUUGUAAAAAAAAAUCGAUCGCUCUGUCUCGAGACCGGUGCAGGCUCGCCGAUUCCCCUCAAGUUCUCAAUGUGGUUUUUCUUCCGCCCCCC